GGCUGCUUCUGCUUCUGUCGCUUUGGUCCAAAGCACCCAGCUAGAUCCUCUUUGUUGCUUCUAUCCGGUGAUUCGUUCCCGCGGUCACAAUGGCGAACCAAGAAGGCAGAAUCCGAAACAACAACAACAACAACAACGAAAACGAAAACGACGACCGCAAUGACAAUGAUAAUGACAGCGGCAACAACGACGACACCGACACCGAUGCGACCGAGACCAGGGAACUGGAAGAACGAACCAACCGCAGCGCAAGCGUUCUUCUGGACAGAUUGGUUUCGCACCUUUCGAGGCUCCCCGAGCACCGAGCCGGGCCAGCGACAGCGAACGCGGAAGACACCGCGGGACACGAAACGCGAGACGAGCCACACGACAACAGCAAUGCCCGUUCCGAUGCAAGUCCAAAUCCAGAUGAAAAUGCAGAUGCAGAUGAAAAUGCAGAUGAAGAUGGAAACGCAGACGCAGAUAUCCAUGCCCGUGCGAACACGAAGGGGAGCCAGGGCAACACAAAACCCMCACGGGACACUUGCGAGGAAUGCGAAGCGUCCUUUCUGGUGGAGCGCGGAAUGACUCUGCCGGUUGCGGCCGUUGCCUGGUUGUCCCGCCGGUUGGAAGAACUCGAUCGGAUGCAGCAACAGCAGCAACAACAACAACAGCAACGCGACGGAGACAAAGGGCCGGGAGCCGGGCAACACGGCCGCGGCCAAAGGGCAGGUGGCGAAUAUCCGGCACCGGUAGGCCCGGUUGCAGCGGGMGGGCCGUCCCCGGAGGCUGUCGGUCCCGCACCGUGGAACGGGCCGGCCGGGGAAGCUUCCCUGCGGUCCCGCCUGAACCUGGUGCGCGGGCUCUUGCCCCGCGUCGGGCUCGUUCGGUUGAACCGCCGGCCCUGGCCACCGCCGCUGUCGUCCUCCGAGCGGCGCAGGCAACGGCUCAAACAGUGGUGGAGAACCCAACGGCAGGGGCAGCCGCGGCGAGCACCGAGCCGCAGCAACAGCAACAGCAACGACGACGACGACCACCACCACCACAACAACAAUCAAAAUCAGAAUCACAAUCACAACGACGACGACGACGACACGCUCGACAACCCCGCUGGCACCGGAGGAUCUCCCAAGUACCGCGUCCGAUUGGACCGGGUGUUUCCGAACGCGAACGUCUUGCUCUUGGAAGGCGUUCCACCCUCCUGGAUAGACAUGAACACGAACGAAACCAGGACCACCGGCACCGGAGCCGGUGGGGGCAAGCCCACCUCGAUCCCCAAUGAUUCGGCGAGAGGCGCAAGGAAAUCCCCGCUGCGCGUCUUUGCCGUUCGCAAGGCCGCCAUUUACGACCCAAAGGAAUUCCUGGCUCCCGAUCUCUCGACAACAGGGAUAACCCACCUUACGCUCGAGGGCUGUUCCCUGGGAGAACUCACCAGGGGCUUUUCACAAGCUCUCGGAAGGCUGAAAAACCUCGAGUACCUGUCCCUCCGCCACAACGAAUUCCGCAAUGCCAGGAGCCUGCUGGGGGGGCUGCGGCCGCUGACCAGGCUGAAAUACCUCGACGCGAGCCACAACCGGCUGGAGGGGUGCUUUGGCCCCUUUGCCAACCUCUGCCUGGGGGGGCAGGUCCGGACGCUGUUGCUGAGCCACAACCUCCUGGCGACCUGCCGGAACAGCGGGCUGGAAAAGUGCUUCGGCCUGCUCGAGCUCUGGCUGGACGGGAACAACAUCGGGGACGUCCUGGAGGUCUCCGGGCUGGCGGGGCUGCCGGAACUCGGGUUCCUCGCCCUGCACCGGAACCCGUUCUCGACCAAACCGCCGUCGCCACCGGCCGGGCGGAGGUUGUCCUUGAUGUCGUCGGCGUCGUCGUCGGCGUCGCAAAAGACCGAUUCCGGCGAACAAACGACCGAUCCGUGCUAUGAUCCGGAGUGGAAGAUCCGGCUGUGGGCGUGGUUCAAGCAAGAACGCCGGGCCAGCACCCCGCUGGAGCUGCCGCUGCUGAACCAGCACAAGCGGUUCGCGGGCCGUGGUGCAAGCAGCGGUGCUCCCAUCGGCCGAAUGACGAGGGACGAGUGGAACCGCGUCCAGAAAGCCUCCUUCUCCCCGUUGGAGCCGCCGGCGAGGGCCGUGUCGGCCUCGUCGUCGGACGCCUCGGAUUCCGUGACUCUUUCGGAACCUCUGGCGCGAGCGGCAGCACCGGUGCUUUGGACCUCGCCCGCUUGCAACCCAAAGGCCACCAAAACGUCCAGGACCCGCAGGGCAAAGAUUCGUGAUGGUGGAACCACGGGGACCGGGCGCGGCAACGACACCCGUGGGAGCCAACGCGAGCGACUGCGAGGCCGGCGAAGAAGGACGACACCGAAAUCGAAACCACCACGGGGGCAGGCGAAAAACGMGCUCUCGGGUCCCUCCGGUGCCGUUCCCCCCGACAAAACCAAGCGUUCGGUUUCCAUCGGUUCUCCGGAGACGAAGAAGAACCACCAGCUCUCUUUUUCUCUAGAAGAUGUCCUUCUAUCCAUAGGACAACAAGACGAYUUCUUCGGAAAGGACAGGUCCUUAUUGGGUGCGAACGAGAUCGAAUUCCAAUCGUUGCAUCCAGAUGAUCUACACAUUCCGCAGAAAUACGGCUCGAACAAUCCAAACAAUCCGUUCCUCACAGARAACGACACAGUUCCAAAGGACGGAGAAAAGUCCAUAUAUGCURGCAAAGAGGAAGGCAACAACGACGAACCAUCGUCGAUUCCUGUUCCCAAAAAUCCGAACAAUCCGUUCGCAACCGAAGACGACAGCGCUCCCGAGGACGAAGGCAACAACGAUGAACCAUCGUCGAUUCCUGUUCCCGAAAAUCCAAACAAUCCGUUCGCAACAGAAGACGACGAAGUUCCCCAGGACGAAGAGACUUCUUUGGAUGCCUGUAAGGCCGUUAACAACAAUGGCGAAUCAUUGUCGAUUCCUGUUCCAAUAGAAGACGGAGAGAAACCAGAGGGUUCCAACUCAAGCCUCUGCUCAACAACAUUUCCACCAAAAAAUGCCGAAGAUAGAAGCACAAAAAGUAGCGAACACGAACACGAAAAUUGUGACACAGAAGGAAGCAAUGAUUGCAAAUCGACCACGACGGACGAAGCCUCGAACACAAAAAGUGGCAUCUCGAGCAGGCGCUCUUCCCCGAGGAGAUCGCCCAGACGGGCAGCUACGGCACCUACCUUACUAGAAACCGCUAGUGAAGACCGCAUCUUUGUMAAGCCGAGGGUUGCAACCGUGAAAUUGCAGCGAAUGGGGAAGCACAAGCCAUUCGACGCGCUGAUCACGGAUUGGGAAGAAUUGGUGACACAGGCAUCGGAAGGCCGCAUACCCGAUGGAUUGUUGAAGGCACCCCUUUUGACCACCCGAGAACCCUCGGACGAAUUUGGAAUGCCUUCCGAUGGCCAUAUUUUUACGGACAAGGAAACCGAUUUGCUGGAAAGCAAGAGCGUGGAGACCAUUGUCACCAAAGCAAAAAAUGCUACCAAUCCAGCGACUGCUUCGGCAUCCACUAGCGGAGAUGGAUCGUUGUCGCUGUUGGAUAAUAGGGUUGCGAAUUCUUUGCCCGAACACGUAUGGAAAGACGACGGGUCUGUGCUCAGCAGCCUGGGAGCCAGCCGGGACGGCGUUGUUGCUAGGGAAAAACCCAAUAAAUUCCAGCUCGCCGAAGAAAAUUGCUCCUACGACGGCCCCGAUUCCUCCCGCGGGAUGAAAGUGUUCGAGAACCUCGAGCUUUAUUUCGAAUCCUUUGUUUUCCCCAAGUCUGCCCCGGAUCUUCCAAUCGACGUUCUCGAAGAAAUGGAAGAGGACGAGGACGACUGGCAACUCGUAACGAUGUGCCAUCCCCGCAUCCAGCUCUGGCCGGACGAUCGACGCCUGCUGGAGAAGACGCCCAUGGCCGCGCUGAUGGAAAACGCACGGAUAGCAGCAAACCGGGAGCGGUUUUGCCGUGUCUGGGAAGAAGAGGUCGUCCCGUGCGGCAGACCGGCGCUGCGACGCCUCCCCCCCAACCGGAGAAUCCGCCUCGGCUUUCACGGGGACCGGCUGUUCGAGGACGCAAACGUCGUCGACGCCUAUUCGGAGUGCCGCAGGGUGUUGCUGUGCCUGUCGUCCAAGGCGCUGUACGUGAUGCCCGACAGGGACGAGGUCACCGCGAACCACCAGCAGCUGGCGAACAAGAAGGGGAGGUUCCCGCUCCCGCUCGACCGGAGGGAUCGAUUCCGUGACGCACCCUGGCCACACGCCGUGGCGCGGCACUCGUUCGGAGACCUCGAGGCAAUCUGCAUCGGUUUCGAGUUCCAGAGGCUCACCCUCCGGUUUCGGAAUCCGGGGCUUCCCGGGUCGGACCCCUUUGUGUACGUCCUUUUGUCCGGGGAGAAGCGAGCGACGGUUCGGAUCCUGAGCGAGAUCCAAAAACUCGCCAAGGACUGGAGCGAGAACCGUUCGAUGGCGAUCGGCAGGUCACCKGCGACCAACUUGGAGCGGCCGUCGGUGUCCAUCGAGAACGACGCGGACGUUGUCAUGGACGGCCUCGGCGGCGUCCUGGAAAAGGGCCGGGCGAUCGGGACGAUCCUGCACUUCCAGAUCCUCCGGCAGCAGUGGAAGCACGGAGACCGCGGGACGGUCCGGCGUGUGCUGGUCAUCACCGAAACGAUGCUGUUGCUCCUGGACGAGGACUACGUUUCGGACGGCCACGACCUCUCCGAGGUGUCGCCUUCUUCUUCUUCCGCCUCUGCCGGAGAAAGGAGGACGAGUGCGACGGCCGACGCCGGCUACCGCCUCGUGGACGACGCGGGGCUCUCGCUCGUGUCGGAGGUCCUGGCCGCGGGUUCCGAUCCGCGGGCCAUCACCAUCGUGAUCAAGCCGCCGAGCAAGCUGUCCCGGACCCGCCGCUGGAGGCUGGUCUGCCGGGACCGGGAGGGCGCCGAGAAGCUCGUGGAGGACGCCCGGAAGGCCCUCGAGCGGUUCGAGGCGUAGCGCGGAGAGCGUUCGAGUGCAAUGCCCACGACUUGCCGAGCCGACCGGGCAGCAUUCUCUGCGCACGAGAUCCAAYUGUGCUUUGCUCGAUACUAGCACGUGC